UUAGUACCUUCAUCAUAAAUAUGAUCUUGAAGUUGUAUUUAUUGAUACCAUCCAUUAUCAGCCUUUAUUAUUAAAAACCAAAGUCUGAGCAGAAAGCAUAGAAUCAUUGUGUUAACCAUUCUAUAUUCAUGUGGGAAACGAUCUAUGGCUAAGUACUUACUUUAAUUGCCAUGUACUGGCUUCCAUAUCUGCAAUCUCACCUAAAACAUACUUGAGUCCUUCAUCCUCUAUGUUGCCUACACAAGUUGAUAGAGUGUAGUCGCAACUAUAAAAACUGUCAUACAGACAUACAGAAAUUGCAGAACUCUAUUGCUUCUAUUCAAUCAUUCAUUAUCAAUAAGUUUUUACAUGAUGAGGAAUUUAUAUGGAAUUCUCCUGAUUACAAAUGAUACUAUGUAUGUGAUACUAAGUUCUGCAAGUAACUACAAUCAUUAACCCCUUAACAUUUCUUCAGUAGUAACUAGUAAUUAUUAAAUGAUUUUCCUCAGAUAAUUCCUGAAUCCUAGGAAGUUGCAAAUUUUUAUACAUGCAAUGUAUUGGUGCAAUUACAAUAUUAAAAAUGUUUACAACUAUUGAAAACACAAAUGCUGAAGAGUGAAUUUUUUGGGAUGGCAACCUUAAGGCUUAUACAGACCUCUGCAUACCUUGGUGCAUUUACAUGUUAAAAAUGCAUAUACACUCUAUAACUGAGAUAUCUUGUGAAUAUCUGCACUCAAUUCCUUUGGUGGGCAGCAAAUUUAUAAUAUUUAUUUCAUAAAUUUGAAAAAUCUCCAUCAGCCCUCAUCUGCCUUGAUGAAUUGUCAGUCUGUCACAUCAUACUUCAUACCAGUGAAUUCCAAGCACAAUUACCAUUGUUUCCUCUGAUAUUACCUUCUGCCAUGCUCAUUUAGCUCAAAACUUAUGGCAACAAGUCUGGCAUGCUUGUCCACAUCAUUCACCUGACAUUCUGGUCACAGCACCCUUUUAUUCAACAACCACCGUGAUGGGCAUCCCUUCAACACCAGAUAAUUGUCACCUUAGAAUGCCUCAUGGGAGUAUGUGCAGACAUGGUAUGAUAAAAGGAUAAUUAUAGAAAAUGUAUCAGAAUGAGUGCAGGUAUAGAUAGGAUAGGGGCAAACUUAUGCUUGAACGAGUUUAAAUAGGAAGGAGUGAUCAUUUGGGGAAUAAGUCCAACUUUACAUAAAGCAUUCCAUCAAGAUAGUCCAACAUUAAAUCUGAAUUGACAUAUGUCAAAUUAACCAUUAUAAUUAUGUUCACUUCUCAUUCUUCUUUAUAUAAAUGUAUUUAAGAUAUAUAUGUUAGUACUUAAAAUUUUUUUUUUUAAUAAAUUGAUUUAUCUAGAUCAGUUAUGAAUUUUUUUAUUUCUUAAAAAAUUUUAUUACUUUAAAAUCAUCAUUGUUUUAGAUUUUAUUCACUUAUGGAUGUUUUUUCUCUUGUUUCAAAGAAAGAUUAGAUAGAUAGAGAGACACAAGAUAGAUCAUAUAUAUCUUUUAGAUAGAUGCAUUUACGAUAUUUAUGUUCACUAUAAACUAAAAGGGGCAAAACUUUAUUCAAAUUCAAAAAGAUUACACAGUAUUACACCACCCUGUCAUGUUCCAUUAAGUUAGAUACAUAUGAAACAAUGCGAGAGACAACUGUCCCCGAUCCAUAAUAUUCAAAUUCUGCAUUGAUCAGAAACCCAUUUAUCAUUUAUGAUUUUUUUUUCUUUUAUAUAUAUCUAUACAAACAGAUAAAUGAAUGAACAGAUAAAUGAAUGGACAAAUGAAUAGAAAGAAAGAUAGAUAGAGAUAAACAGACCAACAUAUGGAUAAAUAAAUAGAAUAAAGAAUACAACAACAAUGAGAAGCAAGGGAGACCAAUAAAAAAACCAUUACAAGGAGGUCUCAUCAUGGGGAUGAUUAGAAAACGGCAAACAAUAGCUUUUGAGUAGGGAGCUGAGAUGCCUUCAUUAGCUUUCCUGGGAAUGUCUCUAGACUCUAAAAUAUUUAGCGUCAAACAGAUCAAUCCAAAUUUUAGUUCUUUCAUGAAUAAUCUGGGGUUGAACCUAACAGAAGCUUUUUGGUUUUUUCAAAGUGGAGAUGGGAAAGUUUUGAAUCUCCGUAAUCAGCGAGCUACAUCAAAGUAGCUUUGAAUGCGAUUUGAAGUCCGAAUUCACAGGUCAAUAGCUUAGAAAUAUUGUUAGUAGCCUUCCCAGUGUUGAUGCAGAAAGCAACGAGAUUAGAUUUUUAGAUGCCCCAUCAAUGAAGAGAACAAGAAAGGAUAAAUGCAGAGAGCAAGCGGGUGCAGUAGGAAAACUGGCUAGAGAAUAUUUGAAAGAUGCUAGCAAUUAAUGAUAUACAUUUCAGCAGCAAAAGGACUAUUUGAAAUCGCUUUUUACUUAAAAUGAACUUUGGCAUUGAACGUGAUAUCAGGUUUUAUUUUGAGAUCAAUGAUGUGGUUGCCAGAAGACUUGUCACUAAAUAUUCUUUGAUUUCUAUCCUGUCAAAUGUGCCAAACACAAAACAAGGAGGUGGUGUUCCAUAGAUGUGUAAAUAGAGGCUUCUGAGAAAAACUGCCAAUUUAAUGGUUGCUGCAAGUGAUAAGAUAGUUCUUGGCAUUUAGAUUGAUACAAAGAGAAAUGCCCAUACCCUUGGUGGGAGAGAUCUAAAUUUGAGUAGUAGAAGAGCAAUCAAAAAAUAAGUGAGUUAGGGUCUCAACACUUUCAAAACACCUGUAACAUGUGAGGUUCCAGAAUUUCACUUGGAAGAUUGUUGCCACUCAGAAUACAAUGUCGGCAAAUAAGCCACUAACUCAUAAGGAGUGAAAGACAUUCAUCAAAUACAGUGCAAAGAUUUGUUUUGUGGGACUUGAGACCAUAAGAAAGAAGUACCAGCACUAACUGUUUAACAACCAACGGAGUUGAGACCUCCCCAAGUUAAUUUAUCGUCCUCAUUAGUAGCCAAAGGCCUCAGUGCAGAAAAUUGUUGCUGAAUUUUUAGCCAAAGAACCUAGUUAGGUUGAGGAAGACCAUGAAUGUUUUCCCAAGAAGGAAGGCAGUCAUCCCAUUUAACAGGCUAGGCAUGUUGGAUCACUUGGAGAUUUUGGAAGGAAAGAAUAAGAUUAGGAGGCAAAAGACUAGGUGGGGCUGCAUUACUAAGGAUGGAAUUUCCCAACACUAUAUUCUGACCAUUACUUGGUAGCCAAGAAAUUUUCUCAUGGAGAAUAUCAGAAGAUGAGCAGAUCAAAAUGCCAAAUUCUUGAAUUGCCUUUAACUGGAGAGAGGUUCUUGAGAAGCUCAAACCAGUAGUGACAAUUUCCAUAGGUAUGAAUACUAUUCCUUUCCAGAGGUAGAGGGGAGGGGUAAUGAAGCCCACAUCUGACGCCCAGAUAUCUUUGACUUUUGUUCUUGAUUAUUGGGAAAAUGAAGAUUUACAUUUUAUAAUAAAAUCAUUUUAGUCACUUAAUAUGAGAUUUAAUGAAUAAUUUGUUGGAAGAUAGUUUAGGAAGCUGUAGGGAUGUUACAAGAAUGUAAUACUUUAGAAGAAUAUGAACAUUUUAUAGUAAGAUUGACCAGAACUUAAAAAUUAUUAUCGUUCUGUAUUUGUUCUUAUAGAAAUGUGGCUGCCCUUUAUUUUCCCAUUAUGGUAUGACAGCAACAGGAAGAUGGGGCAUGGGUUUUUUUUUUCUUAGUUCUCUGCAUUUUUCAGUAAUGUUGCUGCCCAUGAGACCAAAGAUAUGCAACCAUAAGUGUUUUUGCCAAAGUUGGCAAAGAAAUUGUUUAAAGCUGUUCAGCAGGCUCGCAGCCAUAAAAGGUAGAUCGAAGUCCUUGAUUUUCUAAAAGAAUCCGCCUGGUCAAGAAAUCCACGGCUUAAAGGAAGAAGUACUUAUAGUAUGUUAUGCUGCCGCUAAAGCAAGUCGGAGAGAAAAGACGAUUAGACAGGCUGCUUUGUUUUUUUUUUUGUUCGGGGAUGUAUAAAACUGUUAAAAUGAUGCGAAGUCGAUAAAAGAUGACGUUCUCCUUUAAUUACAUGAGAAAGGUGUAAAGUUGAUUAUUAGUAUUUGGAAAUUAAUUUGAGGAUGUAAGAAAGUGUAGUUCGGAAGCUUGCAAGAAAAGGUAUUUAUAUCAAAUUUUGAUAUUUUGAAUGGAGAAAUUAUAUUUUCUUGUUAGGCAUUGUAGACACUUAAAUUUGACUAAUCAAUUUAAUCAAAUUUAUUUCUUUUAGUCAUUUAAUUAAUUAAAUAUCUUAAUUAAUUAAGCCUAUCAUUUGAAUUAAUUAAUCUAAUUAGUUAACUCUCCCUUUCCACUCUCUUGAAUUAAUUAAUCUAAUUAAUUAAUUCACCCCUUCCAAUCUCUUAAAUUAAUUAAUCUAAUUAAUUAAUUCUCUUUCUAUUCCAUGAAUUAAUUUUAAUUAAUUCCCCUUUUCAUCCCUUUUAUUUGAAUUAAUAAAAUUCAAAUAUUCCCUAUUGAUCACAUGUCUCCUAACUUCUAACCACCUAACUAACCCCCUUCUAACCUAAUCUCCAAUCUAAACCUUGGGUUCUAACCAACCCUAUCCUCCCAAACCAACCUUAUCCCAACCAAUCCCACCCUCCUAACUAAUCUUAUCCAAACCUCCCCUCACAUGUGCCUGUGCACACAUAAUCCCUUAAUUUCUUUAAUAUUAGGAAAUUGAUCUUAUUUUGGGUGGCUAUUUCUUUUUAGAGAAGUUAAGUAUUGUAUGUAUUUUUGUGUAUCUAAAAUCACUAAACAAAUUCUCUUUAAAAGUAAUUGUUAUCCAAUCCAACCUUUGAUAUAUAUUUUUUUGUUGACUAUAAUUAUUGUCUAUAUGUGCUUUUUUAAUUAUUUUUAAAUAUAAACUAUAAUAUUAUGUAGGUAUUGUGGUUACUUGAAUGUUGCUUCAUUUAAAUAUUUUUGUUUAAAAAUAAGAUUGAUUAGUAAAUCUUUGUACAUUAAAAAAUAGAGUUUACAAGUAGAAAAUAAUAUAAACAUUAAUUAAGUGAAAAUAAAAUAAUAUUGAAGCAAAGUUUAAAUAUUUAAAAUCAAAUAAGAUCAAUACUAGAGAUACAUUUUAAUUUUCAUUUUAUAUUAUCUAGAUAACAUUAAUAAUAAAAAAAAUUAUACUUAAAUUACAAACUUUAAUAUUGUCUUCCGUGUUGAACCUUAGAUGCUAUUAGCAUAUACCUAUAUCAGAAUAUGCCAAUAUAUGUCUUUAUCAACUUCAAUAUAUGUCAGAAUAUGCCAAUAUAUGUCUUUAUCAACAUGGUAUUUCCUUCGAAAUCAACGAAGAGGUGAUCGCUCAGGCGACAGGUCUAUUUCAGAUACCACCAGCCUGAACCAGUUUUUCCAUGAGGGGGAGAACCCUGUGAAGAGGGCGAGCGACUUCAGCCGGGAGGAGCUUCCGUCGCCUUGGGACGAGGUCUGCUACAUCAUAAUGAAAUAUUUCACCCUUGAAGGACGGUAUGGGUUCUUCUACUAUUAUCACCUUCCUUUCCUUAACCAUCUUAAGAAUAAAGAUCUUAUCUCCAUUCCUUUUUUUUUGCUGCGCUCUUUGGACUAUAAUGUUAAAGAUAUUGCGGAGGCUAAGAAAAAAGGCAAGGAAUUUCCUAUUCUGCACCAAGGUCUUAUCCUCCGCCUCUACAAUUUCCACUUGGCCCUUUGCCCCUCCCGCAUGAUUUCUGUCCAAAAUGUGCUUGGAAACCAACCCCUAGCCAUUACUACUGAUAAACCCGACAUAAGCCCUCCUCCGCUGCUUGAAAUUGGCUCUUGCAGUAAGAAGAAUAAAAAGCACCAUUCAAAGGAUGCUAAAACCCCUAAGAAAGUUAGAAUUCAGGAAAUUGACUCUGAUGUGGAGAUUACAGAUGAGACUAACACUCCCCGUCGCUCUGUGAGAUUGACUUCCGAACCCCCUGAGAAAUCCUUAAGGGACCCCUCCUCAAUCCAUGAAAUUGGGAAUUCCAUCCCUUCUGACAAUGUGGCCCCGUUUCAGUCUACUUCGACCCCCCACUCUGCCAGCUCCACCCACGCUUCUGAGAGUCCAAAAAAUUCCAUGAGUCCGAAGGCCGGCUCCAAAUCCUAGACCAACUCUUCGUCCCCUACUCUCAGGUUCCAAAAGAUGAUGGUGGUGGAGGAAGUGAGUAGCAUAAAGGAGGAAGAGGACAACAAUCUAGCAGAAUUGGGUAAGAAAGUGGAGGGUAUGUUUGAAAACUUGCAGGAAAUCACCAACAUAAUGGAGGCCAUUGAGAACAAGCUGUAGGACGUCUCCAGGUUUGCUCUGAAUGUUAUGCACUACUCGACGACCACUUUGUGUCUUCUGCAGGAAAGCACAAUCAAAGGCAAAGGAAAGGAAAGGAGGACGAAGACUGCAGGAACCUCUUCAAAUUCCUCACCAAGGAAUAGGCUAGAAAGCUCCUCCCCAAGAGGAGCCAUGGAAAAAAGAAAUAGUUAUCUUCUAUGGUUUGGAUCUCUGGUUUUUUGUUCGGCCCUAGUGGCCUAUCGGCUUAUAGUUUUAGUUUCUGGUUAUGCUUGAGCUUAACUAUUUGUUGCCCUAUGUGGCACACUUUUAUUAACUUUUAUUUACCUGGUUAAUAUGCAUAGAAUGAUGAAAUUUUCUGAUAGAGGAAAAGUUUAGGGGGAUGCUGCUCUAUUGAUAGUUGGCUUGCCACUAUUUUUCUUGUUCUAUACCUAGAUGAGCCCCUUUUGGCUGCUUUUUAAUAUAAAAAACAUCCAUUUAAUUUUCCCUAUUCUACUUAAAAAUAUAAUGCAGAUUAAAAAGACAUCUCUAACGUAAUAUUAACUAAUAUCAUAUCGGCAAAUUAUGUAGAAAUAAAUAUAAAAUCAACGGAAUAUAGAAAACAAAAAAUUAAAGAAUACGAGAAUCUGUCUUUACAUGGUGAAAAUAUCUAGGAGACGAUUAUUGCAGUCUGCUAGUUGCGUCCCAAUAAAUGGUAAACAACAGUGAAACUCUGACAGCUCAGAUAAAUUUAAUCGCUUUGCAUUCUGUUCAGGUGAUAUAAGCUGAAAUUUAUUCGCUCCCUUCCUUUGAGGGAACCCACUUCAUGUUUAAUUACAUGAAUCUAAGUUGAAUAGGACGUUUGUGCUUGGAAUCAACAAGCUUGUCACUUUGUUUUGUAUAAUUUCUAUCUUUUAAGGGUUUUGUCCAAGCUCAGAUUAUCCAAAAUGAUUCCGGGGCACUCAAAACUGUGGCAAGAGCUUGAUGCUACAGUCCAGCUUUCUGCCGAAGAAGUCUUCAAAGAGUAGCCUCGGGCACUAGGUAAUGGGAAUUGCAGAGGGAACAACUCAACUUAAUACAGGAGCCCUGAUUCCCCUAAUUGGGUUGGGGACUGCAACCAGAAAUCUGAAUGAUGAGGAGAUUAAAGCUGCUGUGACUACUGCUCUCCAGGUGGGUUAUAGACACUUUGACACAGCAAGCUUUUACGGUACAGAACAUGCUCUACGAGAAGCUCUUAAUUCAUCUUUCUGGAGUGGGAUUGUCAACAGAGAAGAUGUUUUUGUUACCUCCAAAUUAGGGAACACUGAACACGAUGACCCAAUUGCUGCAAUCAAGAAUAGUUUGAAGAGUUUACAACUGGAGUAUGUGGAUCUGUACCUUAUCCAUUGGCCUGUCAAGAUGAGAACACGUAUUCUAUUUUCCCAGCCAAAAGAAGAAGACUUCUUGCCAUUAGAUAUAAAGUCCACUUGGUAGGGAAUGGAGCAGUGCAUGAAGACGGGGCUUACCAAAGCCAUUGGGGUCAGUAACUUUUACUCUAAAAAAAUUGAAGACCUACUAAGCUAUGCCAAGAUCCCUCUUGCUGUUGAUUAGGUGGAGAUGCAUCCACUAUGGCAGCAAAAGAAGUUGAGAGAGUGUUGCAACAAGUAUAACAUUCAUGUGAGUGCAUGGUCUCCUCUGGAAGCUCCAAAUAAUCCAUGGGGUUCUAAUGUGGUGAUAGAUAACCCCCUUAUACAAGAAAUUGCUGAAAAGCAUGGAAAGACUAGAGCUCAGGUUAUUUUAAGGUGGGGGGUAGAGCAGGGAGUGAGUGUGCUGCCCAAGAGCUUCAAUGCAGGCAGAAUUGCUGAGAAUUUUCAAAUCUUUGAUUGGUCAUUGACUCUGGAUGAUCACGACAAGAUUUCCGAGCUUAAACAGGGUAAGAUAUCUAUAGGGCAGAAAUUUGUUAAUAGCACAACCAGCCCCUACAAGACCGUUGAAGAAUUAUGGGAUGUGGAGAUUUAAUAGAGCCAUGCUCCUUGGUUUAAUACAAUCACAAGUAAUUGAGACUUUUAUGAAGAUAUUUUAUUGAUCUAUUUACUUAUUCAACUGUGAAUGUUAUUAUUAGCUUUGGGAGAAUUAUAAAAAGGAAAUAGGUUUACUGGGUACAACAAAGGUUUCUAUUAGUGCAAAUGUUUACAAGGAGAGAUCAGAAUGAUACAGUCUGUCAUUUCGGAGCUCAAAAAAGUAGAAAUCUAAAAUGGAGUUUGUAAGAAAUUGUGACAAGGUUUCAUUGCAUUCUACAAAUCAGUUAAAUCUAUUAAAAUUAUCAAUGAAUAUUUGAGAAGCUUUUGAUGUUGA